CGCCUAAGUACAUCGCUCAAAUCGUAAACCCAAUCACCACCGUCUACCCUCACAUCACGGGUUUCGUAUCUCCAAAACUCGCUUCUCCACCGUUUCUUUACAAAGCCCAAUAUCAUAUACUUCGUCUCAGACUUGUCCACCAUAGUCCACACUCCAAUAUGGCCUCUCCUCCCACGCUCCCAAUCUCAAACCCCCAAACAACCGGCGAAUCUCAACAGUCCACCACCACAACCCCAACCCCAACCCCAACCCCGUUUCUCAGAGUCCGAACCUUCAUCACGCGCCUCUUCGGCUACACCCGCCGCGCUCUCUCCAACCGCCGCCCCUGGAUCGAGCUCGUAGACCGCAACUCUUUCUCCAGACCGGACUCGCUCUCGGAAGCCACCUCGCGAGUGCGCAAGAACUUCUCCUACUUCCGCAUCAACUACCUGACCUUACUCGCGCUCGUACUCGCAGUCUCCCUCCUCUACCACCCCUUCACCCUCCUCCUCCUCCUCUCCCUCCUCGCCGCGUGGCUCUUCCUCUACGCUUACCGACCGUCCGAUCAGCCCCUCGUGAUCCUGGGCCGCACGUUCUCCGAUGGCGAAACCCUGAUAGGGUUGAUCUUGCUCACCGUGAUCGUGGUCUUUCUCACGAGCGCGGGCUCGCUGCUCAUAUCGGCGGGGAUGGUGGGGAUGGCGAUCGUGGCUGCACACGGUGCAUUUAGGGUUCCUGAAGACUUAUUUCUUGACGAUCAAGACCCAUCGGGUUCUUCUGGGCUCUUCUCGUACAUUGGUGGUGUCGCUUCGUCAGCCGCUGCAACCGCCGGUCCCGCUGUGAUGUCGCGUGUCUGAACAACGCCUUUCGGAUCGGAUCGUAUCGUAUCGGAUCAGAUCUAGACGCAAGCAUUUUAACCUUAGGUCCUUUUGUAAUUUCCUUGGCAAUUUUGGUUGGUUAUGUUUCUCUUCUUCCUUUUUUGUUAAGAGGAAAAUUAUUAUUGAAUACAAAUUCUAUUUUUUUUCUU